CGCGGCUUCGACCGAGACGGCUUCGACAGGAGCGGCUACGACACGAACGGCUUCGACAAGAGCGGCUACUCGAGGCAAGGCUGGGACAGGCCCGGCGACCUGCGAAACGGCCAACACAAGGACGGCUACGACACCGCGACCGGCUUGGACAGGAACGGCUACGACCUGAACGGUUACGACAAGGACGGCUACGACGAGAGCGGCUUUGACAGGAGCGGCUUCGACAGGAGCGGCUUCCCUCGGACUGAGGCCCCG